UCUCGGAGGGUCUCCGAAAGGGAGCCCAAGCCCAACAGGAGAGGACAGGUGAAGGAUGGAGGGGGAAGUGCCGUGAGUUAAGAGGACGGCCCCCACCUCCUGAGCAUGGCAUCCUGUGCCGAGCCCUCUGCCGUGGGCCCUGAGCCCGCCACCCCGCUGCCUGCCAGGGUCCCACCACUGGAGGACUUUGAGGUGCUGGAUGGAGUUGAGGACGUGGAGGAGGAGGAGGAGGAAGAAGAGGAGGAGGAGGAUGACCUGAGUGAGCUGCCACCACUGGAGGACAUGGGGCAGACUCCGCCAGAAGAGCUGGAGCAGCCCGGGGCCCUGGCCCGAGAGUUCCUGGCAGCCAUGGAGCCUGAGCCCGCCCCAGCCCCAGCCCCGGACGAGUGGCUGGAUAUCCUGGGGAACGGGAAGGUGAGGAAGAAGACGCUGGUCCCGGGCCCACCCGGCUCAAGUCGCCCAGCCAAGGGCCAGGUGGUGACAGUGCGAGUGCAGACGUCACUGGAGAACGGCACGAGGGUGCAGGAGGAGCCAGAGCUGGUGUUCACCCUGGGUGACUGUGACGUAAUCCAGGCUCUGGACCUCAGUGUCCCGCUCAUGGACGUGGGGGAGACUGCCAUGGUCACUGCUGACUCCAAGUACUGCUAUGGCCCCCAGGGCAGCAGGAGCCCCUACAUCCCCCCACAUGCGGCCCUGUGCCUGGAAGUGACCCUGAAGACAGCCGUGGAUGGGCCUGACCUGGAGAUGCUCUCAGGGCAGGAGCGCGUGGCCCUGGCCAACCGUAAGCGCGAAUGCGGCAACGCCCACUACCAGCGAGCCAACUUCGUUCUGGCGGCCAACUCCUAUGACCUCGCAAUCAAGGCCAUCACCUCCAGCGCCAAAGUUGACAUGACGUUCGAGGAGGAGGAGCAAUUGCUGCAGCUGAAGGUGAAGUGUCUAAACAACCUGGCGGCCUCGCAGCUGAAGCUGGACCACUACCGUGCUGCGCUGCGCUCCUGCAGCCUUGUGCUGGAGCACCAGCCUGACAACAUCAAAGCGCUCUUCCGCAAGGGCAAGGUGCUGGCCCAGCAAGGCGAGUACAGUGAGGCCAUCCCCAUCCUGCGGGCAGCCCUGAAGCUGGAACCUUCCAACAAGACGAUCCAUGCGGAGCUUUCAAAGCUGGUGAAGAAGCACGCAGCCCAGCGGAACACGGAGACCGCCCUAUACCGGAAGAUGCUGGGCAACCCCAGCCGGCUGCCUGCCAAGUGUCCUGGGAAGGGUGCCUGGUCCAUCCCAUGGAAGUGGCUGUUUGGAGCAACUGCUGUUGCCCUGGGGGGCGUGGCCCUCUCCGUGGUCAUUGCUGCCAGGAACUGACCAUCCAGGUGGCAGCCACCACCUCCCCGCACACCGUGGACCCCACCCCAUGCUCCCUAACUUCCCUGGCCCCUGGUCCGUUGUCCUCCCUGGCCCAGCCCCCUCCUCCGGUUCCGGCAGCGAGGUUUGGGGGCCAUGCAGCCCAGUGAGCAGUAGAGACUGCAGCCCUCUCAGAGGAGAGUGAGGCAGGGCUGGGCCCAAGUCCAGCCCGGAGGGAGGGGCCCUCACCCCCAGACCCCGGUCCCGCCUCCCAUCCCAAGUCAGGCCUCCACCCAGCCAGCCUCAGUUUCUCCUUCCCAAAAGGCCUGGGCAGGCCUUCUCCCGCCCUGUUCCCAUCCUGAGUGCCAGCCCCUCCAUCCCAUCUGCUGCCCUCUGUGCAGGCCCCCCCACAGUGAAAUAAAGCCUCCCACCCCGCAA